AACGGAGGGCGGGAACUGAGCGCGACGCCUGGUGGUGCGCUUGGCCCAGACCGCUGGCCGCCGGCCUGAGCCGGGCAUUUUCCUAAGGUCAGGGGCGGAGGCGAGGUUGCCGGGACCGGAAGCCGCGGUGGGAUGCGGCUGACGCGGACGCGGCUGUGCUCGCUCCUCGUCGCCCUGUACUGCCUCUUCUCCAUCUACGCCGCCUACCACGUCUUCUUCGGGCGCCGCCGCUGGGCGCCGGCCGCCAGCUCCCGGGGCUCCAGGAAAGCGGCUGUGCAGGCCAAGGAGAGGCACGGCCGAGAUCCAUCGACCCUGGAGAGUGAAGAAUGGAACCCUUGGGAAGGAGAUGAAAAAAUCGAGCAGCAACACAAAAUUAAAACUAGCCUGCAAAUGUUAACCAAAUCCACAGGAGAAAAAACAGAGCGAAGUAUACAAAUCUGGGGCAAAGCUGCCAUUGGUUUAUAUCUCUGGGAACAUAUUUUUGAAGGCACUCUUAAUCCCACUGAUGUGACUGCUCAAUGGAGGGAAGGACAGUCAAUUUUACGAAGAACACAUUACAGCUUCAUCACUGGCCCAGCUGUACUUCCAGGAUACUUCUCCAUAGAUGUGGGCAAUGUCGUCCUCGUCUUAAAUGGGAGAGAAAAAGCAAAGAUCAUCCACGCCACCCAGUGGUUACUUUACACACGGAAUUUAAUACAAACCCAAAAACUGCAGCAUCUGGCUGUUGUUUUGCUUGGAAAUGAGCACUGUGACAAUGACUGGAUAAUGCAGUUCCUCAAAAGAAAUGGAGGCUUUGUGGACCUGCUUUUCAUAACAUAUGACAGCCCCUGGAUCAAUGGUGCCGAUGUUUUCCAGUGGCCUUUAGGUGUAGCAACAUACAGGAAGUUUCCUGUGGUUGAAGCCAGCUGGUCAAUGGUGCAUGAAGAGAGGCCCUACAUAUGUAAUUUCUUAGGAACUGUUUAUGAAAAUUCAUCAAGACAAGCCUUAAUGAACAUUUUGAAACAAAAUGGAAGUGAUAAGCUUUGUUGGGUUUCUGCAAGAGAACAGUGGCAGCCCCAGGAGACAAAUGAAAGUCUUAAGAAUUACCAAGAUGCUUUGCUUCAGAGUGACCUCACAUUGUGUCCUGUAGGAGUGAACACAGAAUGUUACAGAAUAUAUGAAGCCACCUCCUUUGGUUCCAUUCCUGUGGUAGAAGAUGUAAUGACAGCUGGCCACUGUGGAAACAUAUCCAGUCACCACAGCGGUCCUCUGCAGUUACUCAAGGCCAUGGGGGCUCCCUUUAUCUUCAUCAAGGACUGGAAGGAGCUUCCUGCUAUUUUAGAAAAGGAGAAGACUCUUGUUUUACAAGAAAAAGUUCAAAGAAGAAAAAUGCUACUUCAUUGGUACCAACUCUUCAAAACAGAGCUGAAGUGGAAAUUUGCUAAUACUUUAGAAAGUUCAUUUUUUAUGAAUAAUAAAGGUUAAUCAUAUUUAAUACUAA